CCUGGGAAGAUAACAGAGGGCCCGCACAAAACUGGCGCCCGGGGGAGCGGAGCGAAGGCACGGCACGGCGAGAGGAGCCGCCGGCAGGGCCAUGGGAAGGUAAGCGUGCGGGAGGGAGAGGCAACGCCCGGCCCCACCAUGGUGUCCAUGGGGCUUCAGCUGGCGGGCUACACCAUCGCCUUCCUGGGCUACCUGGGCACGCUGACGACCACGCUGCUGCCCAGCUGGAAGAUCAGCUCCUACAUCGGCUCCAGCAUCGUGACGGCCGUGAGCUUCACCAAGGGGCUGUGGAUGGAGUGCGCCACGUACAGCACGGGCAUCACGCAGUGCGACAUCUACAGCUCCAUGCUCAACCUGCCCUCCGACGUGCAGGCGGCCCAGGCCCUGAUGGUGAGCUCCUGCGCCGUCUCCUCCCUCGCCUGCCUCCUGGCCGUGGCCGGCAUGAGGUGCACCGUCUUCAGCCAGGGCUCGCCGGGCAAGGACCGCGUGGCGGUGGCGGGUGGCGUGGCCUUCGUCCUGGGGGGGCUGCUCUGCUUCAUCCCGCUGGUGUGGAACAUCCACGUGGUGCUGCGGGACUUCUACAACCCCAUCCUGCCCGACAGCACCAAGUACGAGAUGGGGGAGGCUCUUUACUUGGGCAUCAUCUCCUCCUUGUUCUCCCUCAUCGGCGGCUUCAUCCUCUGCGCCUCCUGCCCUUCGCGGGACUCGCCGGUCACCUACUCCAACGCCUACCCGUCCCGGCUGCUGGCGAGCAAGAGCCCCCGGCCCUCCGUCAGCCCGACGCAGAAGACCAAGAGCGAGUUCAACUCCUACAACCUGACGGGAUACGUGUAGUGGCGGCGGGGCCCCUGCCUGGCUCCUCUCCCAGCUCCCCCGAACACCUGGGCUGGCAGUGAGGGAAGGCGGCGAGAGGAGAGGACGUGGCGGUGCCUCCCCUGCU